UGUUGUGAUAAACUUAUUAAAUAGAUUACUAGAUGGCUGUUUCUCCGGGAAGAAAAACGUCCGACAAGAAAGCCAGACGGCAGUCAAGUUCAGAUAGCGGAAGCUCAUCUGGUAGCAGUCGCUCCUCCGGGAGUCGCAGCAGUAGUGGAUCAUCAUCCGGAUCUAAAUCCCCUGAAAAGAAAGAAGUCAGCAAAAAUGCCCGAAAUGGAACCAGUGAUACGAUCGCAAAGAAGCGCAAGAGUGACGGAUCACCAGAUGAAAAACCCAGACAGAAACGAAAGUCUGUGUCACCUCUGCAGACUAAACUACACAUCGGAAAACUUACAAAAAACAUCAACAAGGAGCACAUUAACGAAAUAUUUGGCGUCUACGGCAAACUGAAAAACGUGGACAUGAGUCGUGAUUCUGUUCAUGUUCACCUACACAAGGGCUACUGCUAUGUCGAAUUUGAAUCAGGCGAAGACGCAGCCGAGGCCAAAAAGUUCAUGGACGGGGGACAAGUUGACGGCCAGGAAAUCACUGUGCAGUACGUUCUCACAAAUGCUCCCAGAGGCAAUGCGGCUAGAAAGCACUCGCCGCCAAAGGGUGGGGGCAGAGGUCCUCCAAGGGGCGGAGCUUCGCCUUCAAGACGCCAGAGAUCACCCUCUCCCAGAAGAAGGGGAGGACCUCCUGCUAGAAGGGCGUCGCCAGAAAGAAAGACUAACAAAAGGCGCGGGCGGUCUAGCAGCUCAUCCGCCUCCGACUAAUUAUGAAAUAUGGAAAAUGAUUGUGUCCUUUUUCUUAAGAUAUUUUGUUUGUGAUUGAAGUUAUAUGUUUUCUUGUUGGCAUUUUUCGAGUAAAACGUUUUUGCUUAUUAGCCAUCAAAAAUUAUGUUUUCUGCUUUCA